AUGAAGUUCUCUCGUGUGUUCUUGUUCGUGUUCGCGUGUCUGCUCGCGCUGAGCGCCGUCAGCGCCGCGCCAGAACCGAGGUGGAAGGUCUUCAAGAAGAUCGAAAAGAUGGGCCGCAACAUCCGAGACGGUAUCAUCAAGGCAGGACCCGCUGUUGAGGUCCUGGGCUCAGCCAAGGCGCUGGGGAAGUAA